AUAGAAAAAAACAGUGGAAAAAAGCGCAAGAUACACACGUGACACCCGGGAAGCGUUUGUUGAAUCGCCUCUGGCCGAAGGCACUACUACCAUGGCGACUACAGCGUCCGCUUCUCGGGACGGAGACGAGUUGUACGGCGGCGAGGCUUCUCGCCGGCUCCUAGCCGAGGGUGCGCCCGUGAGUGACCUCGAGGCCCCCUCGCGAAGAAAGCAGGCGACAGCGAUCAGGACAACGGCUGCCGCGACAACGCAGCAACAAACCAGCCGGUGCUCCAGAAAAACGGCGUGGGUUUCCACCCUUGGGGUUCUCGCGCUGGGGUUUAUCGGGUACGCGUUUUUCGGGAGGUGUGGCGCGGGGUACGUGAACUGCGACUACGAACUCGAGUUGCCGGAGAGUGUCAACCGAGCUGCGGUACCCGUGGGUCGUGAACUGCGGCCGGGUUGGAUGAAGCAUCAUGCCGCGCUAGUGGCGGAAGCCGAGAGGGAAGGGGCGACGACACGUGUGCUGGUGCUGGGGGAUUCCAUCACCGAGGAGCUUCUAGGAAAAGAGGGCGGCAAGACCAAGUCCGGCUGGGGUUCGCUCGCCGUGUGGUUGCAAUACUUCGCGUAUCUGGGAGCGAUCAACCUCGGCGUGGCUGGGGAUCAGACGCAACACCUUCUCUGGCGGCUGCAGAACGGCGAACUGCCCGACGUGCUGCAACCUGAGUCUAUCCUUGUGGCCAUCGGGACCAACAACCUCGGGGCCGGCAUGGAUGCGCACGACACUGUGGGAGGCGUCAAGGCCGUCAUCCAGUACGUGCGAGAGCAAAGACCCGACGCGAUGGUGUCCGUGAUGGCCCUGUUCCCGAGAGCUGACCCGAAGCACAAGAAGAGCACAACCCCGUGGCCGGUGAUUGAUGAGGUUAACGGGAUGCUGGAGCGCAUGCUGAGGCUGAAGUUUGGCACGAAGAAGGUUCUCUUCGUGAACUGCAGUGACAGGUUUGUGGUGGAAGACGACUCUGGUCGCGAGGUGCUCAACAAGGAUUUCAUCCUGCCGGACAACCUCCACCUCACCAGUGACGGCCUCAAGGCUUGGGCCGAGUGCGCGGAAGCCGCGGUUCACUCUGGGCUACGGGACAACUAGUAGGAUGAAGCCAGAAGGGGGACUGUUUGUAUGUUGUGUUGUAUUCGGUGUGUGUACAAGUUGGUGCGAUUGCGUGCGCGUGUGUGAAUAGUCGACAUGCCCUUGUUUUUUUUACAAAAGUAUGAGUUUUACACCGAGCGGGGUAGUCGACUGACUGGCGUACAUUUUUACU